GCUGGGCGGGGGCGCGGCUCGGGCUGUGGGCGCUAAUGGCGGCGGGCGCGGCGGGCCGGAGGCUGGCCCUCUCGUAGGCCCCUAACAAGCCUGCGUUCCUGUCCGGCCACCGCCCCGUUGGCCUUGGACCGGUCACUGCCCUUUCUGAGCAUCACUGUGCUCGUCUUCAAGUGGGCCCGACGGUGCCCGCCUGAGAGGUCUGGCCCUACUGGGCCUGCCUCAUGCUGCGUGAACGCGCGCUUCUUUGCUGCCCUCCGUUAGAUCCCAGUGCUCGGGAUUCCUACCGGUUACUGGCAGGACCCGGGGGUGUAGCCGGGCUGAUUGCUCCCACACCUGAUUUCACGUUUCGGCCCUGACACUCACGGCAGGUGUGACCUUGGCUCUAGGAGACCGGAACGGUUAUUGUCCACUGUAACGAUGAGGCAACUGAGGACAUUAGGUCUUGCCCAAGGCCACGGAGUUUUAGCUCAUUGGCUGCACCUGCUAGGGUCCGGCAAGUUGUAGAUCUGUCCUGGACCUGCCCUAACUGGGUUCCUUCACAGCAGGAUGGAGCCUGGUGAAGAAAUGGAGGAGGAAGACUCUCCAGGCGGCCGUGAGGAUGGCUUCACCGCCGAGCACCUGGCCGCAGAGGCCAUGGCAGCCGACAUGGACCCCUGGCUGGUGUUUGAUGCCCGCACCACACCUGCCGCUGAGCUGGAUGCCUGGCUGGCCAAGUACCCACCAUCCCAAGUUACUCGCUACGGGGACCCUGGCUCACCCAACUCCGAGCCCGUGGGCUGGAUUGCAGCAUACGGGCAGGGCUACGUCCCCAACUCGGGCGAUGUGCAGGGCCUGCAGGCAGCCUGGGAGGCUCUGCAGACCAGCGGGCGGCCCGUCACACCGAGUACCCUGCGCCAGCUGGCCAUCACCCAUCAUGUGCUCUCUGGCAAGUGGCUGAUACACCUGGCACCUGGCUUCAAGCUGGACCAUGCCUGGGCUGGCAUUGCUCGGGCUGUGGUCGAGGGCCGGCUUCAGGUGGCCAAGGUGAGCCCACGGGCCAGGGAGGGUGGGCGCCAGGUCAUCUGUGUUUACACGGAUGACUUCACGGACCGCUUGGGUGUACUGGAGGCAGACGCGGCCAUCCGCGCAGCGGGCAUUAAGUGCCUGCUCACCUACAAGCCUGACGUCUACACCUACCUGGGCAUCUAUCGGGCCAACCGUUGGCACCUGUGCCCCACUCUCUAUGAGAGUCGUUUCCAGCUGGGGGGCAGUGCCCGCGGCUCCCGUGUGCUGGACCGCGCCAACAAUGUGGAACUGACCUAGUGUGGCCAAGUGGGGACGACCACCUUCUGCCCCCUCCCACACUCGGGAUGGAUCCUCCCGUCUUCCUCCUCUCUGUCCCAAAGAGUUUGAGCCCCCCAGCUCUGAGGACUAGGUCAACCGGGCACUGCCUGCAUCUUCGAACCCUUUGAACACUUGCCCUCUGUUCAGGGCUGAUUCGAGUCCCCACCAGCUGGAGGCUCUGGCUCCCUGAGGGCCAGACCCUCAGCCUCUCUGUUCACUGCUGCCCCCCCUCUGUCAUACAGAACUGCAGGCUGGGUACAGAUUUCCAGGAGGAGAGCCUUCCUUGGCCACCGUCAUGUCCAGCUGUACCUCCGUCUCCUCCUGCGUUCUGUCCUCCUCCUCCCUGACAAGAGAAAAAUUAGCGCUUCCGGUCCCUCUUGGAGCCUUUGCAGUCCAGGGGGCAAAGGCCCUGCAGGCCUGAGCAUGCUAUUUUGUUGCGGGGAGAGGGUGAUUGUAUCCACUCAGCCCUUUGCAGAGAGAGGGGAUGCCAGGGCCAUGGACACGGGGCCGGCCCCUCCCUGCCAUCUCCUGCAGCCUGCACCACCUUCCUUUCUUCCUUGGCUACCUUGACAUGUGCCUGCUCCUGGCAUUUCAAUAAAACCCAGUUUGGGUCUGUGUCUUGAGUGUUUUUU